UGAUUGAGAUAAUUCAUUUUUCUUAGUUACUGAACAGACAUGGUGCAAUACAAGCUUUAUUACUUCAAUGGGCGUGGAAAUGGCGAAUGUCCACGACAGAUUUUCGCUGUUGCUGGUAAAAAUACGAAGACAUUCGCCUCACUCAGGAACAGUUUGCGCCAAUGAAGCCUAAUCUGCCAUUUGGGCAAGUACCCGUACUGGAAGUGGACGGUAAGCAACUCGCACAGUCCAAAGCAAUCUGUCGCUAUCUCGCCAGGCAGUGGGGUCUAUCCGGUAGUAACGCUUUCGAAGAAGCGUUGGUGGACUCGCUUGGUGACCAGUACAAUGACUAUCGCGUGGAAAUUAAGCCAUACAUGCACACCGCACAAGGAUUUAUGAAGGCUGGAGAUCUCGAGCAAUUGAAGAAGGAAGUCAUGAUGCCUGGGCGUGACAAGUUCCUUGGCUUUUUGACCAAAUUCCUCAAGAACAACAAGACAAAGUCUGGGUACCUUGUCGGCGACCAUCUGACGUGGGUGGAUCUGCUUAUUUCGGAACAUAUGGCAGAUAUGAGCGCAAGUAUCCCAGAAUUUCUGGACGGAUUUCCAGAGGUCAAGGCUCACAUGGAACUUGUGCGAUCAAAUCCGAAACUGAAGAAGUGGAUUGAAACUCGCCCAGACACUCCCUUUUGAUUGAUACUUUUUUGCAUCUUCGUUUUCCCAUUUCACUUUAGGCUUUGUCAUCGUUAGCUGUUAAUUUUGUUUUGCACACCCACCAAUAAAUCUAUA